GGAAGAUACAUCGGCGACGACGAAACCGGAGGACAUCAAUUGAAUGAAUGGAGACGACAACGGUGAUUCUGACUCCUCUGAGCCGGAAGGGAGAUUUACUGAUUUAGUCUCCUCCCCUCCCAGUCUUCCCAUUCAUCCUCGCCUUCUCCUUCCAGCGGCGUUCCGUCUCCCGAAGCAGACCCCAUCAAUCAAGAAUAACGACUGGCGGCUGGUCAAGUUGUUCGACUGCCGAUUCUCUUUCGGGGUUCGCGAGAAGUAGAAUAGAGAAGAACG